GAUGUUUUGCGACAAUAUUAAUAAUUCUGCCAAAUUAGCAGCCAUCUAACAUAGUCCAACGACUCACUGGCCAUAAAGCUCUCUUCAAUGAGGAAAGUACUUUUACACAAUAAGGAAGAAGCAAGAAACAAGAGGGAUUAAAAUGUUCUCUAACGGGUUAACAAAAAUGAAGACAGAGGAGUAAAAUCACCAGAAGACUGGUGUCUAAAACACAGAUCUCUGUGUGCAUCUUGCAAAGGCUCAUGUCUGGGGUGACAACAGGGCCUAAAGACUGUUUAGGGGAUAAUGGGGCUGUGUGAAAGGAUUGGUCCUGCAUACAAGGUCCUAUGUCUCUUGUGGGAUCUAUCGAAAAAACAAAGAGAGCGAGGACUGCAGUGAAGAGAACAGAAGAAAAAUAAGCCAAAAUCUCUACAGCCCUGCACUCAAUUUAUCUGCCCCAGGAAAUGUCCUGCUUAUCACAGAUUGCACAUAUCAAAAGCGAGAAGGGCAGCAGAGCUGUCACAACGGUGAGACACCAGUGAGGAAAGGAGGAACACACAGGAUUAAUACUUCAUCUACCAUGGAAAGGUUGGUCUGGGGUGUUCUGCUGGUAGGAAGCCUUGUGACCAUCGUGCAUUCUUGUCCCUUUCAUUGUACUUGCCAAAACCUUUCGGAAUCACUCAGCACACUGUGUGCCAAUAAGGGACUCCUUUAUGUCCCACCUAACAUAGACCGGAGGACUGUGGAGCUACGGUUGGCCGACAACUUCAUACGAGUGGUAGCACAAGAAGACUUUCUCAACAUGACAGGUUUGGUGGACCUCACUCUCUCAAGAAACACAAUCGAUACCAUUCAACCUUAUGCCUUUGGUGACCUUGAGAGCCUUAGGUCUUUGCACUUGGAUGGAAACCGUUUAACAUCCAUUCAUGAGGAAGCUUUACGAGGAAUGCUGAAUCUCCAGCAUCUUAUUAUCAACAAUAACCAGCUUGUGACAAUACCAGUGGCCACUUUUGAUGAUUUUAUCCUUACUUUAGAGGACAUGGACUUGUCAUAUAAUAAUUUGAUUAGUGCCCCAUGGGAGGAUAUUCAAAACAUGGUUAGUUUGCAUACUCUCAAUCUUGACUAUAAUCUCAUAGAUUAUAUAAUGGAAGGGACAUUUUCUGAACUAUACAAACUUUCCAGACUAGACAUGACAUCUAAUAGGCUACACACACUACCUCCAGACCCUCUUUUUGUUCGUUCUCAAACUGGGGUGGUCAGCCCUACCCCUUACACAUCUACAAUAGUGCUUAAUUUUGGUGGCAACCCAUUUCACUGCAACUGUGAACUACUAUGGUUACGGCGGCUGGUGAGAGAGGAUGAUAUGGAAACAUGUGCUUCCCCUCCACAAUUAGCAGGACGUUAUUUUUGGUCUAUACCAGAGGAAGAGUUCACUUGUGAGCCCCCUCUUAUCACUCGACAUACACAUCAACUCUGGGUACUUGAAGGGCAACGGGCAACACUCAAAUGUCGGGCAAUUGGAGACCCAGAGCCUGUUAUACAUUGGGUAUCCCCAGAUGAUAAGAUAAUGCCAAACUCUUCUAGGACUGCUUCCUACCGAAAUGGAACCUUGGAUAUACUUGUUACCACAAUCAGGGAUGAUGGGGCCUAUACCUGUAUAGCAAUUAAUGCUGCUGGAGAAUCAACUGCCCAAGCUGACCUCAAAAUGAUUCCUUUGCCUCAUCGCAACAAUGGGACAGCUAGUGUUCUAAGACAGGACCCUGGAUCUUCUGACAUCACUACUUCAUCCAAGACAACAUCCAAUGCCACAGAGGAAAGAAAGACACCAGAAAAUGCAGUAGUAGUGUCUGAAGUAACUUCUUCCUCUGCAUUGGUACGGUGGUACAUGAACAGAUCAGCCUAUGUAGUGUGGAUGUACCAGGUCCAGUACAAUUGCACAGCUGAUGAGACAUUGGUGUACAGGAUUCUGCCUUCCACAACCAAGAACUUUGCCUUGAAGCACUUAGUAUCAGGGGUAGAUUAUGACCUUUGCAUCUUGGCCAUUUUUUAUGACGUUGCAACCUCCUUGGCUGCUACUAAGUCCUUAGGAUGUGUCCAGUUCUCCACAGCAGAGGCAUACCCAGACUGCCAGUCACUGCAUGCUCAUUUCUUGGGAGGCACUUUAACAAUUAUAAUUGGAGGAGUCAUCGUGGUUACACUGUUGGUUUUUACUGUUGUUAUGAUGGUCAAAUACAAGGUGUGCUGUAUUGCUCGUUCAGACAUUCCAAAAGUUACUAAUGUAUACUCACAGACCAGUGGAAGCCAGAUUAUGCCCAAUGGCAUGCUUUUGCAAUGCAGACUAAACAAUGAGUCAGCCAAAGCCAGUUGUUCUCAAGUGGUGUAUAAAGAAGAUACUGGAAGGGUUAUACAUGGAGUCAAGCCUCAACGUAGAAAGUCUAGACACAGAGACGCACUUGAGAAACAAGAGGACAAAACUAAUAAAGCUUCAGAUUUUGAGGGACUAAAUUCAGGGUCAAACCCUAAGGCUGGAUUUGUUGUUCACAAAACCAAACGUAGCUGUUCUGUAGACAUGGGAGAGAUGGCAACCACCACCUGUUACACCUAUGCCAAACAUCUAAGCAUCAUAUGGACAAAGAGAAGUCAGUCUGUCCAUGGCAUGCUUUCACAUUGCGGGGCUGAGGUACCCAAGGGAAAACCAGUUUUAUUUACUGGUUCAGAUGAGCUUGAAGAAAGUGUAGUGUAGAUAAUGCCAAUGUUCCAGUGUUACAGCCAACCUUUCCAUGGCAUUGCUGUAAGGAUUCAAUUUGCUGAAGCAGUACA